UGAUUGGCUGCCCGCCGAUGAGACUUGAAGACUCCUCCGGUGAUCGCCGUCAUCCACCGGAACCAGCUGGGCCCACCUGGGAGCGCGGUUCGGCUGGGUUCGGAGGAGGAAACGUGAAGAGUCUGGUUCCUGUUGUGUCCAGGUGAAGGCUGCAGGUUGCGUGGCUCCUGCUGCAGCAGACGACUCCGGAACAUGUGGGAUUUUCCUGCAGGAUUCCGGGAUCCGUGAGCCGGAAGUUUCUGGAAAACCUGCAGGAAGUUUGAGGCAAACAUGUGAACCGAACGGAGAAACUUGUGACUCGAUCUGGACAUGAGCAGCAUGAAGCUUCCUCUCUGUCGCCAAGGCGACCACAACGGCAACGCCUUCCCCGUCUCCUCUUCCUCCUCCUCUUCCUCGUCUCCAGAGUCGCUGCGGAGUCCGAGCGGCCGGACCGAGGGCCCGCUGGAGUACGACCUGCUGGCGGUUACCAUGACGACCGCCGUGAUGCCCGCCCACCUGGCGGAGGUGGUGCUGUCCAGGUGGGCUCCAGAGGAGGAGGAUGAGGAUGAGGAAGGGCGGUUCCAGACCGACGCCUCCGCCUCGCUCUACCUGGACGCCAUCAGCGCCGGCUUUCACCAGGACGCCUGGAGCCCCCGCCUGGACGGUUACCGGGACGACGGCUGCUCCUCCGCUGCCGACUCGGACACGACGGAGAUCCCGGCGGACGAGGAAGACGAGGAAGACGAGGAAGACGAGGCCCUGUUUGUGUCUGUGAGCUCAGAUGUGUGUGUGACGCUGAGCCAGGUGAGUCCAGCCGGCGCCGGACUGGACCUGCAGGACGGGGGAUUGGACACGGUGAGGGCAGCGGAACCGCCGUGGGGCGACCCGGACGGUCCCGCUGCCUCCCAGAACCUCGGCAGAACCUCUCAGACCUCCAGCGAUCCAGUCGGAGGCACCGCUCCACCUCAGGAGGUCCAUUUGCCGCAAACCGGGCCGAGCGGCGCUGCCAGAACCUCCAGCCUGGAGACAAAGGGAACCCAGAACCCGUGUCCAUCUAGAACACCUGGUCAGAACCGACCAGAACCCCGCAGGAGAGCCGAGGUGGUCGGCAGUAGAAGGCCGACUCCAGGUCCUCCAGGUCCUCCAGGUCUUCCAGGUCCUCCAGGUCUUCCAGGUCCUCCAGGUCCUCCAGGUCCAGUGAAAGUGGCCCGGCUCCUCAGGCCCAGCAGGGGGAAAGGUGCGUCUACCCGGGCCGACCACCAGGGGGCGGCGGCCUCGCUGUCUGCACCACCAGCGAAGAAGAAAGCAGCGGAGAGUCGAGCCGGGUCCAGCAGCUCUGUGGGUUCUGAUCCGGUCAGAGGAGCUGCGACACAGACUGCUCAGGAGAAGCUGAGGAGUCCCAGCAAGAGGGCCGCCUCCAGGCCGCCGGGACGCAGCGGCCGGCCCGACCGGGGGCCGGGACCGGACGGCGCCGGGGGAGAGGCUGACGGACCCGCAGCCAGGAUCCAGAACCAGAACCAGGGUAUUCCCAAACCUCGAGCAUCAGGAGUCGCUCACAGUCCCACCGCCUCCAUUCCCAAACCGUCAUCCAAUCAGCAGUCAGCCUCCGGGUCGGCAUGGCGACCACCUGCUCCCGCCGCCUCCAAGCUUCCUGUGAAAGGCGUGCCGGCCGGCCUGAGCUCCUCGUCUCUGGGGAGCAGCGAGAACAACGCGGCCAGCAGCAAAGCUCCGUCUCCUGCCGGGUCGAAACCCGAUGAGCCGCCCAGCAGAGGCAGCACCAGUGCUCCCAGUGCUCCCAGUGACGGCUCGUCCUGCUCCGCCCCCAAGCCUCCGGCGGCCGCCAUGAGGGGCAGAGCGCCGUCUCUGCAGGCCAGGGCGACGACAGGUCUGAAGAGCCUGACCGGCACCAACCAGAACUCCAACAGAACUCCUGGCGGCCAGCCGGCGGCGAAGGCGGCGCCGUCCGGGUCGGCUAAGCCCGCGCUGCAGAGGAACGGCUCGACCCGGCUCAGUCGCCUGAACAGCACAGUGGACAAAAACAAGCCGGCGACGAGACCCGCGAGCGGCGGCGGCUCCCAGAUCACCACAGGGAACCAGCAGAACCAGCAGAACCUCCCAGCUGAGCCGGCACCAGAUGUUCUGAACGCCAACAGCCCAGUAACACCAGCUCUCCCAGUCCCGACCCCUGAUGGCUCCAGCGCCACAUCCGGGUCCGCUGCACCCACCGGUCCGGGGCUCAAAGCCAGAACCGGGUCACGGUCCAGCCCUAAGCACGGGCCCCGGCCGCAGCACGCAUCCCGCCCUGGAGCGGCGCCGGCGAAGCCGAACCAGAACAAAGAGCAGGUGGAGAGGAAGAACCAGGCCAUCGUCCAGCUGAGGAGGCUUCUGGUCCAGGGGAACCGCAAGGUGGAGGCGCUGGCCGCUGUCAUCCAGCAUCUGUUCUCUGAGCGAGAGGAAACCUUAAAGAAGAAGAAGGAUCUGUCGUCGGAGCUGGAAAAGCUCAGAGCGGACCUGGCGGCGUCGGCGCAGCGCAGCCAGAGCCUGCAGGCGGAGAGGGAGGAGGUGCGGUCGAACCUGGAGGAGGCGCUGAGGAGGGCGGAGGAGCAGCACCAGGAGGAGCUGGUUCACCUGGAGAACAGGUUAAAAAGUUUCUACCAGGCAGAGUGGGACAAAGUCCACCAGCUGUACCAGGAGGAGGCCGAUAAAUGCCGCCUGCUGAUGGAGCAGCAGGUGGAGGAGCUGAGGAGCCGACAGGAAGUAGAGAGGAGGAAACAGGAAGAGAGUCACAGCCAGAAGAUGGAGGCAGUCAAACAGGAGUACGACACUUCCGUACAAGAUCUGAGGAGAGUCCAGGUGACUGAACUGGAGGAUCUGCAGAAAACGCUGAAGGAAACCGAAACGUCGCUCGCUGAGAAAAUCUCGCUGCUGUCGGCUGAAAAUGAGGAUCUGAGCGAGAAACUGAGAGCAGAAGAAGAAAGGCGGCAGCGAAUCCUGAGCGACAAAAGCCUGAAGGAUUCCCACACGCUGUACCUGGAGCAGGAGCUGGACAGCCUCAAGGUGGUGCUGGAGAUCAAGAACCAGCAGCUGCACCAGAAGGAGAAGAAGCUGAUGGAGAUGGACAAGCUGGUGGAGACGAACGUCCGGCUGGAGGAGUGUCUGAAGAAGGUGCAGCAGGAGAACGAGGACUACAAGGCCAGGAUGGACAAACACGCGGCUCUUUCAAAGCAGCUGUCCACAGAGCAGGCCAUCCUGCAGCAGACCCUGCAGAAGGAGUCAAAGGUCAACAAGCGUCUGUCCCUGGAGAACGAGGAGCUGCUGUGGAAGCUGCAUAACGGCGACCUGCUGGGCAGCCCCCGCCACCUGACGCCCUCCUCCCCCUGCGGCUCGCCCCGAGACUCCGCCCACUUCCCCACAGCCGCGCCCGUGUCUAGCGACGCUCAAUCAGUCGGACAUCAGCAGAACCCCGACCCGACCCGACCCGAACCCGGUGGACCUCCGUGGAAACCUUUAGACUCUGUGGAAUCCAAUGAGCACGAAGUGGGCGUGUCUGUAGACGAAGUGGGCGUGUCUGCAGACGAAGUGGGCGUGUCUGCAGACGAAGUGGGCGUGUCUCCGCAGCAGCACCUGAUUGGAUGGAAUUUGUCUGCCAAUCAGAGCCUGCGCUGUAGACACGCCCACCUGCAGGUGACCCCGCCUCCACCACGCUGGGGCUCAGAUGCUCCGCCCACCGGCCUCAAACUGACCUCUGACCUGCUGCCUGCUCAGCGGCGCCCCUGCCCACCACCGCCCUGGGUGUGCCGCCGUCACCUGCAGAAGUGGCCUGUGGCGCUGAACUCCACGCCGCCCCUGCAGGGGAUCAGGCUGCGCCUCGGCCAGCGGGUUGCCAGCGUUCCCAGUAUAGUCGCCCACAUGCAGCUGGUACUGGUCCUGCAGAGACCGUGUGGCCCGGAAAGCGACGGUUCGGAUGGUGUCGGAACCAAUACCAUAAAUCUGCUGCCACCAGUGACCAGCAGGGGGAGCAAGCGGACACAGUCAUUAAAUUAG